CACGUCAGAGAGUCGUUUCCCCCUCUCUGCUACAAGUCACAGACCAAGGCGGAAAACACAUCAAAUACACAGCCAUGUCGUCACCAUUCUCCAUAAACGGCGGUGCCUGUGUGGCCAUGGUGGGCAAGGACUGCGUAGCCAUAGCAUGCGACUUGCGUCUCGGCAUGCAAGCCCUCACCGUGUCCAACAACUUCCCCAAGAUCUUCCAGUACGGCGACGUCUUCCUAGGUCUUACAGGACUCGCCACCGAUGUAUCCACCGUAUCAGACCUUUUCCGCUACAAGGUCAACAUGUACCGUCUCCGCGAAGAGCGCAACAUCAGUCCUCAGACCAUGGCGAACCUCGUAAGCUCAAGUCUGUACGAGAAGCGCUUUGGACCCUACUUCAUUAGCCCGGUUAUUGCCGGUAUAAACCAGACGAGUGGAAAGCCUUUCAUUUGCGGAUUCGACAGCAUUGGUUGCAUCGACUUUGCGAAGGACUUCAUUGUUAGCGGAACCGCAAGCGAUCAACUGUUCGGUACAUGUGAAGGACUGUGGGAGCCGGAUCUGGGCCCCGAGGACCUCUUCGAGACAAUCUCACAGGCGUUGCUCAACGCCGUCGACCGAGACGCACUUUCAGGUUGGGGCGCACACGUUUACAUCAUCGAGAAGGACAAGGUUACCAAGCGGUUACUCAAGGGCAGGCAGGACUGAGGUGGUGUAUGGUACGAGGUGGCAUAUGAUCAUGUUUACGAGCUACGAUGAAUAUGGGGUGCCGGAGAUCUGCCUUAUGGCUGUGACGAGAAUAGGAGGCAAGAUCACACCAUGCUGUGAUAUGUACGCGAUAUCGCUCUAGGUACGCCAUCUGGACCGCAGACAGCUAGAAUUAGCUCCUGAAUGAAGGCAUCUCCAAGUCCAUACACGUUCUUGGAGCCCGUCAUGACAAAUCCGAGGACAAGCUGGAAAGCCCCAGGCAACUAUAGACGACACUGGGUGGCUGGACAUGAGCAUCUACAUAACACAUGUGACGCUAUUAUCUGAAGCAG